UGAACGUCCGCAUCCAAAUGGUUUCCGGCACCGUUGGUCAUCCUGCAACAAUGGCAGCCUGCAUAAAUGCCUUUACUCUUGCCCUCCUACAGACCUCAAUACCCCUCAGAGCCACGGUGGUAGCCGUCUGCACAUCUGAGGUAGAUCCUACUCUACGACGUAAGUGGGCAACUCCUUAA